CUGAGCAUCUUGUUCUGACCGACACUUGACCAAACUCACAAACCCAACCAGCAUUACUUUCCACAAGCAGCAGCAAGUACUUCCAGAUCUGUCAUGGAGGAAAAACACACACAACAAGGAAAAAAAGUAAUAGAGUUCAGUGGUGUUGUGCGCGAGUUUAAGCCCGAGGAUCGAGUGCACGUACAACGCAUCUUUUCUGAGGGGAUGAUGGAGAUGAUAUACGACACGUCUAUCAGAGGCUUCAGACAUCAUCCUGAGAGCCUCCUGCUCUAUUCAGCUAUGACAAUUGCUGGCUUCGUGCUCACCAAGUGUUGGUGGAUGAUAGUACUCCUCCCUGUGCUGGUGCUGUGUGGCCGUUAUUUGUGCAGCAGGUGGGUGAUUCUGGGUUAUCUGACGGAAGCCAUGAGGACUGACAUGGGUCACAUGGAAGAAGUCUACAUAAACUCACCAAGAAACUCAGGAAGUUCAAGCUAA